UGAAGUAUGAUGAAUCAGUCAGUAUAUUAACCAAAAUAACAAUGUGUUUUCUCAUACGAUGCCAUAGAUAUGUGGUUUGAAAUCCUAGCAAUACUGUAGUCAUGUGCGAUCAGAUUUAAUUACACAGACCCUCACUGUGUCAUGCCGUCAUGCGGCCCCACUGUGGUUCUAAUCAAUUGUGAUCUGUUAUGACUGAGAAAAGUCUGACCUUUGACACAGGUAACCAAAGACUGGAAGAGAUGGUGUCUGUUCAGUGCGUCUGCUGGAGAAUGAUUAACAUCUGUCUUGUGUCAGGAUUGGGCUAUGAAAGUACUGCUGCUUUCUCCACCAUUAAUCAUCGGUCCGGGACAGGGCUUAUCAAGCAGACGUUUGAGACUCCCUCCAUGUACAUUUGCUUCGUAAAAACACAUCUGACCUUGGGCAAGGACAUUUUUGAUUAAGUGGCUGAUUUGCUGAAGGUAAUUUAAUUUGAAUGCGUCCCUCAGCAGCUGUAAAAGGAUGGAGAGUGGAAUACCUCCUCAUGAAGGUCACACUUGUAACCUGUGAGGGUCCUGCAACAUGUGCAUAAGUGUGUAACUUAUGUGUGUGUCUGUGUGUCUUCCCUCAGGGAACAUGACUUAUUUGUGCUCUUUGCUAGUCAGGUAAUCUUUAACUGUAAACUUUUUCAUUGUUUGGUCCACUCACCUUGAAUAGAGGUGGAAUUUAGCAGGGGGUGGUGAGAGUUUGGGUUUUAUUUUUUUCUGUUAGGCUGAUUACUAGGGUAAAAUCUGCACUGCGAUGCAGCCGACGGCACCCUCCAACUCAGGCAAGGAGAUUACUAACCAUGGGGCUGCGGUGGCGCUGCCAUCCUUACACAAAGUUCUGACUUCCUCUCUCAACUACCAAUGAAUUAACCGUCAAAAGAGAACGUUAACUUUCAGCAAAUGUUCUAAAGUAAAAAACGUUUUUAUUUCGGCCAUGAAGGGCUCAGCUUUAUGGGUUAUAGUGGAAUGUGCCUGCAGAGUUCUUGGCAUCUCGACUGCUGCAGUGCUUUGUGCAGUGGGUAUAGAGACUCAGAGACAGGGGGAGUUCAACAGCUUGGCCGUCUAUCUCCUGCUUUCCUCGGUGGUGAUUAUGAUUUUUGAAGUCGCCUAUUUCAUUGAUGCUCUGUUGGCGACGUGCCUUCCUUGUCCACCCACAUGGAAGAUUUUCAUUCUUUGGAAGAAGAUGGCCAACGUUGGAGGUUUCCAGAAAUUUCUGUAUUACACAAUGAUGUCUGUGAUGUGUUUCCUGCAUCCAGUCCUCGUGUGGCAUGCUGUAAUACCAGGAGUUAUGCUGGUAGUGACUGGAUUCUUUAACUUCAUAUUGAGCAAAAAGAAAAAGACAGAUCUGCCUAAAGAGUCCAGUGCAACGUAUGGUGACCCGGCUCUGUCUUCUGUCUGUGUCACAGACAGGGGGGACACUGAACACACAUUCUCUUUCUUCCAUGUCAUCUCCGGCAAAAGAGCAUCUUUUUUUCCUAGCAAUAGCCGAUUACAUGGUCCCACAGACAGGGCUCAGUCAGUGAAGAGUGCCCAACACAAGAAAAGUCAAACAGACACAAGAAAUGUGCACUUCAUUGAGAGUCUCAGAUGUAAUGAUACUGAAUUGGAAGAAUACCAUGAGGUGGAGCCAGAGGAGACCACAUCAGAUAAAGCACCAAUGAUUACACUGUAAAUGUGAGUGAUUAUGGUCUUAUUAAUCAUUGUAGGCAUGAGAUGCUAAGUGAAACGUUAAUACAAAUACCUCUUGUAUGCCCAAUUAUUCAAAGACCAAGAUUUAUUUUUUAUGUUGUUCAAUUAAAAUAGUCAUCGAUCAAUAGAGUUGUUUAGUGUCCAUAUAUAUAUAUAUAUAUAUAUAUAUAUAUAUAUAUACAGUACAUUUAUGCUACAAAUAGUCUUUUAUGCUCACCAAGGCUGCAUUUAUUUGAUCAAAAAUACAGUAAAACUUUAAUAUUGUGAAAUAUUAUUACAAUUUAAAUAAACUGUUUUCUAUUUUAAAAUAUUUUACUUCAGUCUUCAGUGUCACAUGAUUUUUCGGAAAUCAUUCUAAUAUUCUGAUUUGGUGCUCAAGAAACUUUUCUCAUUAUUAUCAAUGUUGCAACAGUUAUUCUGCUUAAUAUUUUUGUGGAAACUGUGAUACAUUUUUUUCAUGUUUUUAAAAGAACAGCAUUUAUUUGAAAUGAAUAUAAUUGUUUGUAACAGUGUAAAAGUCUUUACUGUCACUUUUGAUCAAUUUAACGCACUUUAAAUGCAAUCUGCAAGCAAUCACAUCAUUACCGCAUGGCACAAGCUGACUGGCUCUGCUGAUCCUGCAGCCAAUGAGACUGCUUGAUCAACAUGGUGGAAGGAUGACGGCAAAACCCAAAAUACUGAUUUGCCACUGGUUCCCUCAAGAUUUUCCUAUGGGGUUUUUCAGUUCAUGAGUAAAAUAAGGUCUGUAGUAAGCAUAACUUGAUGAUACUGGAACGUUUUGCUCUACAAAUUACACACACCCGUAUCGAAAAUGCAAAUUUUGAAGCUGUUUUUUUUUUUUUUUUUUCUUUAAAUAAGUAAAGUUUCUAAUAAGUAAAUAUAAGAACAUUAUUUGGGGUGUGAGUGUGUGCAGUUUAUACGUUAUAGAACAAUAUGUCUAAGUGUCGUCAACUUAUGUGUACCACAGAACUUAUUAUACUCAUAAAUUGAAAAACUUCAUUAUAAAACCCAUAGGAAAAUCUCGAGAAUCUUUGCCUUCAUCCCUGCACCACUCUAUAGUCUGGUUCAUUGUUUGCUGUAAGAUAGUCCUGCAGCACUAUCAGAGUUCCUAUGAAACCCUCCACCUCCUCCAGCUCCACCUGCCCACAUCUGCUAUGUGAUUUAUGUAUGUCUAUUCAUGCACCAGCAGCAUUUCUUACAUGUCCACUGCAGCACGUCUGUGUAUAGCAGUAACAAGUCUAUACUUGUAGCAGCAGCAUAACAGAUCUAGUUUGCCAACACCAAAAACAUUAACAUUGCCAUAUUCAAUAAUGUGCUAAAAUACACUGUAAAAAUAUUUUGAGUAACCUAAGAAAUUGUUUCACGUGGUAACAUCUAAAAUAAUUUGGCUUUAUUCAAGUAUUAUGUAAUUUGACUGAAUUAACCCUAUAAGGGUCAGAUCAGGUAAAAAUAUAGCUCUAUAAGGUCUCAACUGCACAUUGUCAUUGCAACCGUCCAAUUGCAAACUUACAUAGUUUAAAAUGCAUUUCAAACAUAUAUAUUUCAGGCAUUAUCUGUUUAAAGUAUGUGUCCCAUUAGGACACACCUCUACUAGGUCACUAUGGUGAUGUGCUGCAGGUAUUCCCUUGAAAAGGCACAGGCACAAAGAGACUCAGCCCUCAGACUCUGGUUGAGGAAAUCACCUGGGACAGAUUUUAAAAAAACCAAACAUGCAUAUAAUCAUCUUUUUUAGAGAAGUGAGCUCCCUAAACAACACAACAUUUAAACACUGUCAGUCAAAGAGCUGCCUUUCAUUCCAGUCUGUAACCUUAAGCCUGGCUCUCCUGCAUCUAGUCUCCAUACGUCAAUACAAUUAAGUGAUUCCAUUCAUCAUACUGACCCAGACAAGAGGGUUUUCAGUCUAAAGACUGGACAGCAACCCUCCAGGCGUUAUUCCUCUCCAUUAACCCGUAUGGAUGCCUUCAACAUCCUGAAUACUUGAGUAACAUAGGAUAUGCUGCAUACAUGCGUUGUUCUUGGUGUACUUUAUGGACAUUAUUACAUUAAACAGUAAAUUCAUUGCA